AUGAUACCGAGGUACCUGAAGUGUGGCCAGGUACUGGGCCGAUUCUGCUGCGAGACCCGAGUGUGUGCUUCGCCGGGGAGAGAUAUCAAAAUGGACGAGCGGUGCAUGCAUCAUGACGAUGAGGAGCUGCAGCAGCAGCAGUCUCCAAACAAUUGGAAGGCUCCUUCACUCACCAUGCAGAAUGCAGCUCAGUAUGUGCAGCAGUAUCCUCCUGCCUUGGCAGAGGCAGCAACCCAGACUUGUCAGUCUCCACAGGCUCAGCCAGUUGAGCACACCCCACAAGUGCCUAAGGUGUCUUCUGGCAGCAGUCAGCGAGCGAGUGGAGAGGCGGCUUCUGAUACGAACUCCCAAGGCUGCGUGAAAGUGGUGCACGACAUGCUGAUGACUGAAAGCAACUGUGGCAGCAAUUGGCCAUCCGACCAAAAAGACAUAUUUCACCUCCUGGUGCACGGGAGAGAACAUUUUGAAAUAUUAAAAAAAAUCAAGGAAAGCCUGGAGCUGGUCCGAAUGCUGCCCAAGGAUGUUGUGAAUGUGUUGCGCAACCUGCAGCAACAACGAUACGUGACGGAAUUGCGUGGCAGGCCGUCCAACCUCAGCCGACACGGAAGCGAGUGUUCACAGGAAGUCUUGGCCGGCAGCCAGGGACCCUCCAGUGCCGGCGAAGGUUCCUCAUCAGGCGUUGCACAGAAUGUUGUGACGGGUGAAGCAAAUGGAUCCAAUGGUCCCCCACGGCCACCGGACGGAGACAACCCACGGGCCCGGCUUGGAACCCUGCCGGACAGCGGCAAGCCUGGCAACGCUCUUUACAACUUCCUGAAACAAAUCGACUGCUUGGAGUUUUUGGAGAAUUUCACUUCACGUGGAUUGUCGAGUGUCCAACAGCUGAUGGACGUUACUCUACAGGACUUGGAUGAACUGGGAGUCCCAGAAGCCAAAAAGCGACUGCUGCUGAGUGGAAUCGAAGAGCAUCGUGUGUCGACCACGAUCUCCAGCGAGACGACACUGCAGCGCUCGUCCAGUGAAGAGACAGUCCACCUCAGCUCCGAAGACGACGACGAUGACGGCAUCGACACCAAGGACGGCAUCCGUGCCAAAGUGUUCCCAGCGCUGCGGCCCUCUGGCAGGAAUCUGUCCUCUGUCGGCAAUCGGUAUCGCAAAAGCAGCAUUGUCAAAUACAAUUUGCGAGCGUACGCUCGCCAAGCCGUUGCCCUUCCUCGUGCUGGCAGCUGGGGAGGCAGUAGCAGCCUGGAGGUGCCCAGGAGCAAGAUGCCAAAAUUGUCUUCAUGCUCUGACAUCGAAGAAGAAGAGGGGCUGGAGUGA